UCUAAAGCAUUGUAAGCCGCCUUUUGCCCUACUUGUGUACCUGUCAGUUGAAUUUUCCUCCACUCCAUCCAUUUCGAGCUUUCUCAAACACAUCAAUUACAAGAUAACAAGAAUCCGUGUUCAGCCCACUUGCCUUCUUGCCUUGUUGCUAUAAAGAUGCGUCACUCGUCAAUCUCCACAGCCUCUUACUAUAAUCUUCUGUGUCUCUCUCUGCAUGCACAUUGCUUGCUUGCUUAUCUCAUUGCUUUUGCAUAAUUGCCCUGAGAUCCUGUCUACCUGCUAUUUUAAUCCAUGAUUUCAUCUUGCAGUUGCAGACAAGAACAGCAAGGCCAGGUCCAGCAUGAGUCUGAACUCUGAAGGUCUGAUGUGCGAAGCUAUAUCACACUCGUCGCAGUCGAGUGCCCCUUCACCCCAUCCCCUGAGCCCAUGCCAUUACCAGUGCGUCUCCACACUCAGGGGCCACUCCUCCUACGUCUCUGGCCUCGCCGUCGACGGCAACUCGCUCUACGUCGCCUCGUCGGACGGACACAUCAGGCUGUGGCCACUGGACAUGGGCGGCACGGCCGUGCAACAGGAGGGUUCUGUUGUUGCCGUCACCAACAGCUCCAUAAAGUGCCUCAUGGCCACCAGCGAUGGUCUCGUCACCGCCCACCAGGACGGCAAGAUCAGGGUGUGGCAGCACGCCGGCCGGCGGAAAGGCGGGAGCAGCCACCUCGCCCUGCACGGCGUGCUGCCGACCACCGCAGACUGCCUGCGCACGUUCCUGUUCCCCAAGAACUACGUCGACGUCCGGCGGCACACGAGCCGCACCUGGGUGCACCACGUGGACGCGGUCACCGCGCUCGCGCUGUCCCCGGACGGCGGGUACAUGUACUCCGUGUCCUGGGACCGGAGCCUCAAGGUGUGGCGCCUGCCGAGCCUCCGCUGCGUGGAGUCCAUCGCCCCGGCCCACAACGACGCCAUCAACGCCGUCGCCGUGUCGUCGGACGGGAGCGUCUACACCGGGUCGGCCGACCGGACGAUCAAGGCAUGGAGGCGCCCCCCGGGGCAGAAGAGGCUCGUGCUGGUCGGCACCAUGGAGCGGCACAGGUCGGCGGUGAACGCGCUGGCGAUGGGCGUCGGCGGGCUGGUCCUCUACUCCGGCUCGUGCGACCGGUCCGUCGUCGUGUGGGAGGGCUUCGACGCCGGAGGCGUGGCGGCCACCAGGACUCUCAGGGGGCACGCUGAGGCGGUGCUGUGCCUGGCCGCCGCCGGCGACGUGGCGUGCAGCGGGUCCGCGGACAGGACGGUGAUGGUGUGGCGGCGGGGAGCGGAGGGCGAGUACUCCUGCUCGGCCGUCCUGGGCGGCCAUGGCGCGGCCGUGAAGAGCCUGGCAUUGGUGUUGACGGGAGGCGACCACGGCAGCGAGCGCGAGGAGAGCCCGCGCGGUGGCUGCUCCGCGCUGAUUUGCAGCGGUUCGUUGGACUGCGAUGUGAAGAUUUGGAGGGUGACUUGACUUGGUUUGUGCUAGGACUAAGCCGGCUUCUGAAACUGAGUUGACGAGAGUCUUAAAGCUGCACCGUGUUGGAAGGCUUGGAGCUGUGCUUCAUGACUGCAUUUUGAUCCGUGCAUGCCAUGAAGAUCGGGCCUUUGUUUCACUGGGUUAUCUUGUGUACUUCCAUGGUGCUUUUUGGGGAGGUCACUGAUCUUCAAGUUGAGUUGAAGGGAAAGUUGUAUGUUUGGGAACGGGAGUGUAUGUCCCAAUCGGGAUGUCUCAGCUAGUUUGUCAUAUGUGCAUGUCCAUGAAUAUAUGCACUAGUGGCAGUGGCGCGAUCGGUCGGCUACCGGAGUGGUCAGUAUUCAACGUGGAAGAACUGUGCAAAUGAUGAUAACCGGUUUGCUAUUUCUCAGUCGUUAGAAAUAGGUACUUCUUGGUCAAGUUAUAUGUGAUCAAUCCCUCAAAGAAAAGUUAUUGUUCUUGAAAAAAAAGUUAUAUGUGAUCAAGCCUACUGUUGAAACGUGA